UGUGACGUUAUGGGCGGGACCAGGCGGGAAUGACUCUCCCUUGGGCUUUUAGCCCCGCCCCUAUCCCGUUCCCAGCCCUGUUGCUGUUGCGCUGCUGCUGGCUGUUACCCCCUGGACCCCCACCAUGGAACAGACACUAGAAGAUCCCCCCACAUCAGCUGUCUUGCUGGAUCAUUGUCAUUUCUCUCAGGUCAUCUUUAACAAUGUGGAAAAGUUCUACGUCCCUGGAGGGGACAUCACAUGCUAUUACACCCUCACCCAGCAUUUCAUCCCCCGUCGGAAGGACUGGAUUGGCAUCUUCAGGGUGGGGUGGAAGACAACCCGUGAGUAUUACACCUUCAUGUGGGUUACUUUGCCGAUUGACCUAAACAACAUAUCAGCCAAACAGGAAGUCCAGUUCAAAGCUUAUUACCUGCCCAAGGAUGAUGAGUAUUACCAGUUCUGCUAUGUGGAUCAGGAUGGUGUGGUCCGGGGAGCAAGUAUCCCUUUCCAGUUCCGUCCAGAAAAUGAGGAGGACAUCCUGGUUGUUACCACUCAGGGAGAGGUGGAAGAGAUUGAGCAGCAAAACAAGGAGCUUUGCAAAGAAAACCAGGAGCUGAAGGACAGUUGUGUCAGCCUCCAGAAGCAGAACUCAGACAUGCAGGCUGAGCUCCAGAGGAAGCAGGAGGAGCUAGAAACCCUCCAGAACAUCAAUAAGAAGUUGGAACAGAAAGUGAAAGAGCAGAAGGACUAUUGGGAGACGGAGCUGCUUCAACUGAAAGAACAAAACCAGAAGGUGUCCUCAGAAAACGAAAAGAUGGGAAUGAGAGUGGAUCAGCUUCAGGCACAGCUGUCAACUCAAGAGAAAGAAAUGGAGAAGCUUGUUCAGGGAGCUCAAGAUAAGACGGAGCAGUUAGAGCAUCUGAAAAAGGAAAAUGGCCAGCUCUCUCUCAGUUUGACUGAACAGAGGGAGCACCAGAAGAAGCUGGAGCAGACAGUGGAGGAGAUGAAGCAGAAAGAAACUGCCGCGGCGAAGAAGCAACAGAAGUUAACGGAUGAGAACUUUGACCUGUCAAGAAGACUGGGUGAGAACAAGAUUAUAUAUGAUGCUCUGCAGAGAGAGAAAGAGAGAAUAGGAAAAGAAAAUGAUCUUUUGAAGAAGGAGAACCGCAGAUUGCUCACUUACAUGGGUCUGGAUUUUGACUCUUUGCCCUACCAAGUGCCUACUUCAGACCAGGAAGGUGCAGAACAAAAUCCGGGACUUGUCUAUGGGAACCCCUAUUCUGGUAUCCAGGAAAGUUCUUCCCCCAGCCUGCUCUCCAUCAAGAAAUGCCCCAUCUGCGAAUCAGACUUUGCUGAUGGCAUUUGUGAUCACAUCUUGGAGCAGCAGCAGAUGCUGACCCUUUGUUUGAAAUGUCCAAUUUGUGACAAGGUCUUCUCAGAAAGAGAGAAGCAGAUCUUUGAAGACCAUGUGUUCUGCCACUCCCUAUAAGUGUUCCAGCCUCUUGGGUCUAUGCUGUACAUAGAUUUUAUAGAGUAGAACCUGUAGCUUCUACUAUGAGUUAUGUGAGUCAAAAUCCUACCUAACCUGAAAUUACUGGGGAUUUCCUCUGUGCUGCUGCCCCUAAAGGUAGAGUUGUCGAUCAUCUGAAGGGUAGUGUUAAGGGCUACUGCUUCCAUCCUUGUGGGUUACUACCUUUAAGUCAUAUAACUCUAGAUGUAUCAUCCUCUCACCUAUAGUGCCCAUUCUUCCAGGAGUCUCCAGUACAAGGGCUCUGGGACGGAACUGACAUGUGUAUUCACAACAGGCCUGAUCUGAUACUGAGUGAUUAGUUUUCUAAGUUGUCCUACUGCUGUUCAGGGUCAGGCCUUGAGAAUAUUUGUACUGAGUCCUCAGUUCUAACCCUGGGGCUGGAGAUUGAUCACAGGUUGAGAAUUCCUUCCUUUUCCUUGGACUUCUUUCUCCAGGUGAUUGCAUUAGACUAGCCAAAAAUAGCACAGCAAAGAACUUGGACAUCCAAUCUGGAUACCAAUGUUUUCUCAUUUUAAUUUCUCAGCUCCCAAAAGAAGCAUCUUCUUCCUCAACCAUGGACAGAAAUCGUAUUUCAAUCACAGAAAGCCUUCUUUCUCUCUGCAUACCUCUGAUUGGCAUUUUCAACUCUUUGAUCUUUCCUAUGCACAUGAUUUUUAUUGUCAUAAGUCCUUUUUUAAUGGUUUAAGUAGAGAUUGUUAGAAGCUCUAUGGGUUUGCCACUUUCUGAGCAGGUGAGUUUGAAUAUGGAUAAGUCAGAAUAAUGAGACAACUAUUGUUAAUCUCUUUAAUACUAAAAAUAAAUUACUCUUCUAUUUCAGGGACUUAGGUAAUUUAAAACAAACUUUCAGUUUAUGGUCUUUCAUUUUAUAAGAUUAUGGGAAAAGUGUGAUCAAAAGGACUGUGAGAGUGGCAGACCUCGCCAAUGAUUUCUCUUUACCUGUCUUACCUAUUCAACAAAACUGUCCUGGC